AUAAUUGUUGGCUUCUGGUAGGUUUUGGUCACAGACCCAGAAAAACUGGAGGCUAUCAGGGACCGUGAAGCUGACAUCACUAAGGAACGAGUUCAGAAGAUUUUGGCUGCUGGUGCCAAUGUUAUUUUGUGCUCUGGUGGUAUUGAUGAUCUUUGCCUGAAGUAUUUUGUUGAAGCUGGUGCCAUGGCUGUCCGUAGAGUCAAGAAGUCAGAUCUCAAGAGGAUAGCAAAGGCUACUGGAGCUCAUUUUUUGACCUCCCUCACCAACAUGGAUGGUGAAGAAAGCUUUGAGGCCAGUUCUGUUGGUGAAGCUGCUGAAGUUGUUCAGGAUAUGAUUUGCGACGAUGAGCUUAUUCUUAUUAAAGGACCUAAAGCAAGGACAGCAAGCUCAAUCAUUCUGAGAGGUCCCAAUGAUUUCUAUUGUGAUGAAAUGGAACGCUCUAUUCACGAUUCUUUAUGUGUCGUUAAGAGGGUCCUGGAGAGCAAGGCAGUUGUAGCUGGUGGAGGAGCUGUUGAAGCAGCUUUGUCUAUUUAUCUUGAAAACUUUGCUACCUCUCUGAGCUCUCGGGAACAGUUGGCCAUUGCUGAAUUUGCCAAAUCACUUCUUGUUAUUCCUAAGACAUUGUCUGUGAAUGCUGCCCAAGAUGCUACAGACCUUGUGGCCAAACUUCGGUCGUACCACAAUUCAUCUCAAACUAAAGUUGACCAUGCUAACUUGAAAUGGAUUGGUCUUGACCUAACAGAGGGAGUAGUAAGAGAUAACCGCAAGGCCACCUCUGAAGCUGCCAGUACAAUUCUAAGGAUUGGUGGUAUGAUGAAGCUUCAACUCCCGGAACAGCUAUCAUACAUACAAGCAUAUGGAGCUGCUGAACUAUAG